AUGCCGCCUCAGAGGGUUCUAGUUCUAGUCUGUCAUUAUCUGACAUUAGCUGUGGGUUAUUCUUUUCCUUUAGAUACCAACUUUGUGUUGGCGAACUACAAAACAGAGCAAUGCACCAAGCCUCCACGUCUGUGCAGACAGGGCUAUGCCUGCCCUCAUUACCACAACAGCAGAGACAGACGGAGAAACCCGCGGAAGUUUAAGUACCGGUCAACGCCUUGCCCCAGUGUGAAGCAUGGGGAUGAAUGGGGAGAGCCAUCAAAGUGUGAAAGCAGUGAUCACUGCCAGUAUUGUCACUCCCGCACUGAACAACAGUUCCAUCCAGAGAUUUAUAAAUCAACAAAGUGCAAUGACAUGAAGCAAACUGGAUACUGUCCUAGAGGACCAUUCUGUGCUUUUGCACAUGUGGAAAGAAUUCCCUUGAGUGAGGACACCAUGGCCUCCCUGCUGACCAGCAUGCAGCCAAGAUCCCAUUCAAAGUUUGGCUCACCGCAGUGUCCUGAGUGUCUAGUCAAUGAAUGGGCUGGGACCUCUGCCAGCACUUCUUGCAACAAUGGUCAGGCAGGAAAUAUGCAGAGUUAUAUCUUUCCUGCAGUGAACCCACUGACAUCCAGCAUUACGUCCAGCCUGGCCUCCAGCGUAGGUUCUGACAGCUCAUCACCUACCACAUUAUCAACUAUGAAUGCAAAAGCAGCUCCUUUUUAUCCUGGCAGUAAUACUGUGGAAUCAGUCCUAGGUUCAGCACUCGAUCUGAAUUUCACUGAUGUUAAUGUUGCAUCACUAGAUAGAGGACUAGAAGACCAAGAAAACAGUGGUCAUGAUUUUACAUAUCAACGGAUCUUGGGAGGUUCAGCUCCAGUAAACAUUCCUGGCUCGUUGACCCGAUCUUCUCCACUCCAUUCCUCAUCAUCUUUAUCAGCUUCUCCUCUCAGUUCCCUUUCCCUGUCCCUACAGCAGUGCCAGGCUCAGGCCUUGGUGGUUAAACUUGAGAAAAGCCAACUAGGAACACCCACAUCCACUCAGACUUUGUCAAGUCUGAAUGGUGGAGCUGGUCAUAUCUGGGACUUGCUGAGUGGCAGCUUCUCGCCCAGUCCCUCUCCAGUCUUCAGCAGCCUGGCCUCCGCCAGUGCCGACCAGAGACAACUCCUACUUGAGCUGGAUGAAGCCAAAAGGAAAAUCAAACAAUGUGAGGAGGCUUGGCAUCAGAUCAAACAGGCCUGUCACGCCUGGCAGAAAGACGCACAGGAGGCAAAGGAACAAGCAAAGUCAGCUGAGGUCGAGCGACAGGUGGCAGAGCAAAGACGUAGAGACAUAGAACAUCAGCUGAAAGAGCUUCAAGCGGACUUUGACACGUUGUGUCGCUCACCAAGCACACCACUCCUACGCAGCUACGGGGAGUUGGACCUGCUCACACUGCCGAAACUUCUGUCCAUGCAGAAACAGCUGCGCAACGAUUUAGAUCUGAUAGAUGGGGUAAGACAGACGAGGUACCAAAAUGUGUAACUGUAAUGUGCAACUGAAAUGCUGUAGUGCACAUCUACGUUCAAGUUAGUGAAAUGAGUGCAUUUAAUCACACACACACACACACACACACACACACACAGAGUUGGUAUUUAAGGUUUUUAAGGGGUUUCUUAAACAGAAAGCACAAAGAGCUGUGACCUGAGCACACAUCAUGUUAUCCACAUGCAAUGAGCUGUGAGGGGAGAGUGCAGAGAAGCUUGUUUGCGUUCAGUUCUGUCCAAUGCCUUUACCCUCAGUCAGCAAUGUGUAAACUUAUAUGAAUACAUACAUAGUCAAGAUGACUAUGGGGUUAAGGGGAGAAAUGGACAGAGUGGCUGAUUUUCAGUUACACAAUUAGAAGUAAACUUUUUUUUCACCUCAUAAAUUAUUGUUUUGGUAUCUUCCACUUCUGUUGGAAACCUUGGUUAGUAACUAAAAGAGAUUGCUAACAUAACCAGGUACAUGGUUGAAAAGUCAGGCUUGUCCAAGCAGUCUGUCAGUUUCACGCCAUCAUCAUAUUCCUAUGAUGCUAACAGCAGAUCAUUUAAAUCCUGUAAGAUGCAAGGUGGAGCCACUACAGAGUGUUAGUCCACCACAUUGUACAGAUGCUCAUCCGGAUUCGGAUCCGGCCAAAUUUGAAAAUUACCAGACACAUUUUCUAGUGUAACAAACGCAAAUAUAACUUACACUUUGGGUUGACUAAAUCAGUUGGACUGUUUCAUGAACAGUAAUGAUUGUUAGGCAAAACCAAAAGAAAAAAAGGAAAACCAUUUCCUACGCUAUGUAGUAUCUCUUGCACCAUCUUAUUGAUUUCAGCACGCUUUACACGGGUACCCUAACCCAAGGGUACAAUGCAGGCAACUCUAGCCAGUGUAACCCAGCAGCAGUCUGUUUUUUGAUUGAUGUGGCUUAUGUGGGGCUUGGACUUCUUCAAGUGUGGCAUAGUUCAUAAAAACAGAAAUGACAACACCUUUUACUUCUAAUGUACUUUUCGCCAAAUCUCUACACGGUGUGAGAUUAACAAUAAAAAUAAAUGAACACAAA